AUGGAGGAAGAUGGCAGGGUGGAAGGUCAUCACAUCCCCAAGAGUCAGAUGAAGGAGAUAGCAGAUCUUUGCGAAGGGACAGGUCUGCCAGCUGCCGUGCCCUUGAUUCGCAAGUUUGCAGAUCAACGUCCAGAUGUGGCAGCGGCAUCGCUGCUGGAGCGACUGCGAGAAAGAUCCGUGCAGGUGCAGACGGUGCACUGCAACAGUGUCCUUGGCGCCUUAAAACGGGCCAGACAUUGGCAGCAUGCCCUUUGGAUGUUUCAGCUCCUGCCCCAAUUUCAGCUUCAUCCAGAUGGAGUCUCUUUCAACACAUUGCUCAGUGCGUGUUCUUCAGCCGGGCGCUGGGACAUGGCGCUGCGACUCUUCAGCUCCAUGCGGCAGGAGAUGAUCGAAGCCGAUCGGAUCUCCUACAAUGCUGCCAUCGACGCGUGCGCAAAAGCGAUGCAGUGGCAAAGGGCACUACAUUUUUUCCAUCAGAUGGAGGGCAAACUGAUUUUGCCGAAUGCGGUGACCUUGGCUAGCGUGCUCAGUGCGUGUGACAAGGGAGCUCAGUGGCCUAAAGCCAUGGCUUUGCUGAGCGAAGCCUGGCGCUCUACGCCGAUGUCGUUGGAUGUGGCACUCUACAACAGCAUCUUCAACAUCCUGGGCAAAAUGUCCCAGUGGCAAGAUUGCCUCGCUGGGCUCCAAGAGAUGCCACUGCUACGCUUGCGGCCCAAUCAGAUCAGCUACGUUGCAGCGAUGACUGCCUGCAGUCGCGGCAGCCACUGGGCGCAGGCCUGCGAUUUGCUGAAGAUGAUGGCUGCACAUACCACUCCACCCAAUGUCAUCAGCCACAACGCCGCCCUGAACGCUUUGAGCAGUGCCAAGCUCUGGCAACGCUGCCUGGAGAUGAUGGAAAGCCUGGAGAUCACCUGGGAUUCAGUGAGCUAUUGCACCACCAUUGGCGCAUGUGGCAACGCUGGAAAUUGGCAAGUGGUGCUUUUGCUUCUCGAGCAGAUGAGGGUGCCGGGCACCCGGCCAUGCCUCGAUCGCACGGUGCUGGACGCCGGCAUCACAGCCUGCGGCAGGGCGGAGCAGUGGCGGAUGGCGUUGCACUUGCUGCGGCAGAUGCCGUCUAAGUGGACAAUCAGUCCGGAUGAGGUGAGUUACAACGCAGCCAUCAGUGCCUGUGAAAACGGUCCCUGGCAGCACGCCUUGGAGCUCGCAACAGAGAUGUGGGGUGCGACCUCGGCUGGGCUCCUCCCAGAGAUCACCCUGGGUGCUCUGUCGGCGGCCAUGCGCUGGGCUCCAUGGAACGCCUGCCUGGCCUUGCUCGGUUCGAUGUUGGAUUUGCAUGUCAUGCCCUCUGGCAUAUGCGUUGGAAACCUCCUCCGGCCCCUGCAAGAGACCUUGGGCAAAGAAGUGGGCUUGGAGGUCUUGCGAGACAUCCAGAGCUUCUGGGCAGCUUCCCCCGGAAGCGAGAACUCCGACGUCGCUGGAACUCCUUCGUCCAUCGGCUUUUCGGUGCUGCGCGCAUCACCUGGCCUCUUGGCGGUAGCCAAGCCUGGAGGCGUAUCAACAGAACGGGUGCAAGAACUGGUUUCUGCCGCCUUGAACGCACCGUUGCAGCUGGUCUCACGCCUGGAUCUGCCCACCUCCGGCGUCCUGCCCUUGGCGCGUUCACGCGGUGCCGAGCUGCUCCGGGCGCAGUUCACCGCGGGGCUGGUGGAGAAGGCGGUGAAGGGUAGGGAGUACUGGUGCUUGUGCUCCGGCAAAGCGGCAGUGUCUUCCGGAACGAUUUCCAAACCGCUGCUGGUCCGGCACUCCAGUUUCAACUCCCUCUACGCGGAAGUCUCUGAUGCGGGCAGAGAAGCACGCAGCGACUACCAAGUGGCCGAAGUGUAUGAAGACGAGAAGUCCUUUCCCCUGACUCUGAUGAGAGUCAAACCCUUCACUGGGCGGACGCAUCAGAUCCGCGCGCACAUGGCCAGCAUCGGCUUGGGAAUCGUCGGAGAUCCCAUCUAUGGCCAGCCUGAGCUCUUCCCCUGGUGUCCGCGGUUGUUUCUCCAUUGCCGCCGGCUGUGCCUCAUGGAUUUUGAUGGCCAGGAGACCGUCAUCGAAGCGCCUUUGCCCAGCGAUCUGCGGGAAGCCCUACGGAGCUAA